UGCCGACCGAACGACUCCACUUGCGUCCCCUCAAGCUCCCUCCCUUCGUCUCCCUUCGCUCGCCGCGGCCUAUCACGCCGCCGUGGUCGCAGCACGUAAACGAGGAGGCGCUGUUGGCAAUCAAUCGCCUCUGUGGUUGGUGGGCAGGCCGUCGAUACGGAUACGCGCUGUUGCGCUCAUCGUGAUCUCUGCCUGGCUCCCCAACGACUGGCUGACGUACUGGUCCUGCUGGCCACCGACCCACACUGCCUGAUCUCACCUUCCAACCCCUGGGGCUCCAAUGGCCCGGGUUCCCGGGCGCAAGGCCGCGGGCAAUCGGGACGAUGGCCCGAUAAAAGCCAAGACGAGUCGAGCAGGAGCAGGGGCAGACGAGCAAAGUCGACUACUGGUCCACGCCGGGGACGAUUACUCUACCUUUUCUUCAGCGUCGAGUUCGAGUUCGAGUUCGACUUCGCCACCACCACCACACCCACAACCCACCAUGAUCAAGAAGGACAAGGACAGCGUCGACGUGUACGAGCAUGACGCGCACACUGCGCACCACGACGUCGACGUCGAGGACGGCAAGGCGGGCGUCGUCGCGCCUGGCGUCGUGACCACCGACGCCGUGUUUGGCGACAUUACAGAGGAAGGACCAAACUACCGCGGCGUGUCGGCCUGGGGCGCGUUCAUCCUCAUCACAAAGGCCAACCUCGGCCUGGGCAUUCUCGCCAUCCCGUUCGUGUUCAUGAGCGUCGGCCUCGUGCCGGGCAUUAUCCUCCUGUGCGCCGUCACGGCCCUCAUGAUCUACACGGGCUCCCUCAUCGGACCGUUCAAGCAGCGCCACCCGGAAAUCUACUCGUACGCCGACAUCGGCGGCCUCCUCUUCGGCCGCUGGGGCCGCGAGAUCUUCGGCAUCAUCUUCACCAUCAACUUCAUUUUCGUGACUGCCUCUGCGGUCGUCGCGGUCUCGACGGCCCUCAACGGCGUGAGCGCACACGCGGCGUGCACGGCGGUGUUUAUCGCUGUGGCCGCGGUGCUCGGCUGGAUGGCCUGCUCCAUUCGCACGAUGGGCGAGAUCUCGUGGCUCGGCUGGAUCGGCGUCGUCUCCAUCCUCGUCUCAGUGCUCACGGUCACGGUCGCCGACCGUCCUAGCGCCGCGCCGCCCACCGGCCCCUGGGACAAGAACUUCAAGGUCUUCGCCAAGGCCGACGCCAUCACGGGUAUCAGCGCCAUCACAAACUCGCUCUUCGCGUUCGCCGCCACGCCCACCUACUUUGGCAUCAUCUCCGAGAUGCGCGACCCCCGCCAGUACCAGAAGGUCAUGAUCGCCGGCACGACGCUCUGCCUCGCGCUCUACCUCAUCAUCGGCUCGAUCGUGUACCACUUCUGCGGGCAGUACGUCUCGUCGCCUGCGCUCGGAUCUGCCGGCCCGCUCAUGAAGCGCGUCUGCUACGGCAUCGCUCUCCCCGGUCUGCUUGUCACGCUGUGCAUCUACUCGCAUCUCGCGGCCAAGUACGUCUUCCUCCGCCUCCUCCAGGGCACCGACCACCUCACACGCCCCACCGUCCGCCACUGGGUGACGUGGCUCUGCACGACGGCGAGCGUCAUGAUCGUCGCGUACAUCCUCGCGUCGGCUAUCCCUUCGUUUGGCAGCAUCGUCGGCUUCAUCGGCUCGCUCUUCACGCCCCAGACCACCGUGCUCGUGUUCCCCCUCAUCUGGUGGCACGACAACUGGCGCUACAAGGAGCGCGGCGCGCGCAACGUCUGGAUGGCCGUGCUCAACAUUUUCAUCUUUGUCUGCGGCCUCUUCUUCGUCGUUGGCGGUCUCUACGCCGCCAUCAAGGAGCUGAUCGCCACCAAGUCGACCCACGGUCCUUGGACGUGCGCCGACAACUCGGGCACUGUCAAGUCGGAGUAA